GGCAGCAGCAGGCUCUGGCUGUUGUGAGCCCUGGCUGAGGUGGCAGAAGGGAAGCUGGGCCCUCCACAGCAGCACUGCCCUGGUGUACCUGCCUCCUGCCCAGGGCUGUGCUGCCUUGCCAAGAGGACAGGGAAGAAAGUGGUGUACAUCUCCUGGGCUGUGCUGCCUCAGAAAGGUGGAUGCCCUGUUGCUUCCUGCUUCAGGGCUGGAGAUGGAGUGGUGCCUGGGACAGUCUUCCCAGGUGGCACAGAGCACUGUGCUCAAGCCCCUUUCUGUGGACGUGUGGUGUCUGAUGUGAAGAGGAGCUCCCAUGGCAACUCUAGUGAGGCUAAUGCAGGGACAGCAUUAGCCUAGGGAAGCACUCAGGGUGUUUCUUGGGCAGCCAAGAUGAUUGCAGCCGCAUGCCAGGAAUGGGUGGCAGAGAGCCUAGGUUGUCUGCCCUGCCCUGAGGGCUGGCACACAGCCAGAGUCAAGUGCUGCUCAUCCAGCAGCACAAGGUUGCGUGGGUGCCUGGGCUCCUUGACCUGCAGGGGGUGGCCAAUGUGGGCACAAUGGAGCAGUCUGGAGUGGCACAAGAGUGGUGAAAACCUGGUGGCAGGAGAACAGAAGGCACCUCAAUUGUGACAAGAGCUUGUUCUUCAUGCACUGGCAGCUCACCGUGGUGGGUGAUUAGCAUCAGUGGCAGCCUGGGGCCUGGAGGGAGACAGGUGUGCUGACAGUACAUCUGGCUCAGGGAGAACAGCCCCAGCCUCGGCUCCUCCUUUGUGGUCCUUGGCACCUGCAGAUUACUUGUGAGGGCUGGGUGGACAUCUACUCUCUGUUGUGCAGCAGCUCUAACUCCUCAAAUCAACUGCUUCAGCCACAGGCUCUCUCUCAAGCUGUGAAAUGAAAUAGUGAUUUUUUGCCAUGGCAUCCCCUCUCCCAGCACUGAAGCACCAAGCUUACUGUCCUUGCAGGAUGCCAGGCACCAGGAAACACCCACAGACCACACAGACUUGCUGGGCUGGGUAAUGUGGUGCUGAGCAGAGGCUCUCCAAGGGUGCUCUCAAUUCUGUCCAUGAAUGGCUGUCACUGGGGCUUGUCUGGGAAGAAUCACAAUCUCUACACCAUCAAGUGGAGACAACAGGCCGUAGAAAGGCUCAGCACCCAUGUCAGUUGCCUCUAGGAGAGCAAACCUUUGGUGGGGAAAAGGCCUCCCUGGGAAGAAAAGAAUGGGGUCACCAACACCCCAAUCUCCUUGAAGGGUUCUCUUGGGUUCAGGGGUGCUGUGGCCCUGACUCCCUCUGCCAGGACCCUGCUGCAGGCCUGAGCAUGGGAAAUUCUCACUGUCUUGGUUCAGAUAUCUUCAGUGCCUUUUUCUUGGCUUAUCAGCUCCUUCUCACAGCACCCAGCUCACCAGUGAUGCUGGAGAGCAGCUGCCAGGCAGGCAGACUAGACACAGAACCUUCUACUGGGGUGGCAGCAGCUGUGGGCCCGGAACUGGGCAGAUGUAUGCCAUGCAGGGGGAUCCCUGCUGUCUUCGUCACUGCCCCCUCCUGAGUGGCAGGUUUGCUUUAAAGACCCUGGCUUCCUUUUAUUACUUCCCCUCUCAGAUUGCAACUGGCUGCAAGGCUAUUUUUAGCAGCCUGCCUUCUAAAAAUAGCUCUGAGCUGUUUGGAGUUGCGUCACAAGAGGUAACUCUCUCCACGAGUGGCUUGGCCUCUGCACCCCAGGAGGAUACAAAAGGAGGCCAGGAGCAGAGGGGUCAGCAGGUUCAGCCACAGCCAGAAGCGAAGGAGGCAGCAGUUCAGGCCUGCCAGCUUCAGGCAUUACAGCACCAGCAGUAUGACCAUCUUCUGCAGCCACUGCCACCAGCCCCUGCAGACAGAGAUGAGCUGCCUGCCCAGGAGGGGCAAGCAGGCGCCCAGGGCCUCAAGGCCAUUCAGGUCAACCAAGAGUGCCUCCAAGGCUCGCCGGGACCAGAUCAAUGCAGAGCUGCAGGCAUUGCGUUCCCUGCUGCCCAUCUCCAUGCAGGAGAAGGAGCGGCUCUCCUACCUCCACACCAUGGCCCUGGUGUGCCUCCAGCUGCGGGGGGCUCAGCUGUUCCCUCCAGGCUCAGCUCCUCCUGUGGAACCGGCCCUCGGCACAGAGCUACUCUCCCUGCUCCCAGGGUUUCUGCUUGUGCUGUCGGCCAGUGGAAAGCUGGUCUACGUCUCGGAGAACGUGGCUCAGGUCCUGGGCCUUUCCGUGGUGGAGCUGCUCGCCCAGGGGGACACGGUCUUUGACAUCCUGGAUGGGCAAGCAUGUGAGGAUGUGUACAAGAAGCUCCUCCUCGCCCAGAAGGAGCCUGGCAGGGAAGUCACUUUUGUCAGUGAGAUGUGCACGUCCAAGGCCUUCCGGCUGAAGCACGGAGGGAAUCGGGUCGUGACAGUGUGUGGGCGCUUUGUGGUCCUGAGCUGGCCACCCUCCCCCUCCACCACAGCCUUCCUGGCCCUCUGCUCACCGGUCAUGCAGUCGCCUGCAGAUGGCGAAGGUGGUUCCCAGGAUGACAUAUUCCAGAGCACGCACAUCCUAGACAUGACGUUUAUUGAUGUCACGGAGAGUGUCACCUACCACCUUGGCUACCGCAGGGAGGAGCUAGUCGGUCAGUCCUGGUACAGCCUCCUGCACCCUGAGGAUGCUGAUCUGGCAGCUGCCCAGCACAGGGCCGUGGGUGAGUGUCGGGCCCAGGAACAUGUGUACUGUCCUCUGGCUACAUGGUCUGGCUGUGCCUGAAACAUGUCUAUCCAGGACAGGAGACACAAAUCGAAUUCAGUCCUGCCCAACUGAGACUCCCUGCUCCAAAAGGAUGAGGCAGGGAAUUGGUCACACACUGUCUAUAAGGUCACAGGUAGCUUCCAAGCUUCGGAGGAUUUGCCACAGUGGACAGAGGAGGGACAAGCCCCCUUGAGCUCCAGCUCUUUCGGGGGGCAGGACUCCUACGGUCUGACUCUGCUUCUGUGGCUUCUGUGGCGCUGGGGCCAGAGCAGUGACCGCCUGCAGACCUCAUCGGGGCAGCCUAGGGGGUGUACAGGCGGCCUGCCGCCGCCUAACGCAGUCGCUUCCCUU